AUGAAGCCUAUCGUGCUAUUGUUGCUUCCAGUCGCCACGGCGCUUACGCAGGCGCUACCUGACGAUGAGAUGUCUCACACCCUCCAAUGGAGCAGAAAAUCAGCACCAGGGUGCAGUGCAGAAACUGCGUCGUACGGCAACGAUCUCGUAAAAGUAGAUUGCUCAUUUUCGAGAUCAUCAUGUCUCGAAAACUGCGCUGAGAACAUUGAUCUUGCAGUCACUCAGCUCAAUCAAUACUAUCAGGAGCGCUGCAAUGGCGAGAGAAAUCUUCAGGAGGACACUCGCAAAUACAAACUGCUAUCCAGCGUCCAGCGGAUCGUUGACAGUUACGUCAACUUCAACAGACUGGAGAUGGACCUCGAGGCCAAAGUUCAGGUGGGCACGACACUCCAAGGUCUCCAGAGAAAUCUGACCAGCUUGGAGCGACAGCGUGGAGAGUGGAUCGACUCUUGUCGUCGCACUACCUUGCCAGGUCGCAUUACUCCAGUGGGAUGGCACAACGGUCCCAAUCAAGAGAGCCAAGGUAGUGCUGCGAUCGAGAAGCCCAGCACAACACUCCCAGCCCUUCCAUCUGCCUCACCAAAACACAUCCCUACCAAGGCCGAGACAGCACAAGCAGAGCUAAUCAAGAUGCGGUACUCCGUCAAGGACGCCUCGGACAACAUCCAAGCCAUUUGUGCACCCAACGGAAACUCGACCGACACGCUCACCGUUCAAUUCGAGUACUCCGUCUGCCACACCAAAGUCCGCGAAGGCCUAGAUCUGCUCCUCAACCUCGAGGGUAACUACGACAAAGCUCUUGUCCCAUACGAGUACUUCACCUUCACAGACGCCGAAGCUCUCUCUUCUCAGUUGGGCGAAGUCAUCUCCUAG